AUGCCGAAUCUCUUAACAAACAAUCAGGAUAGUACAGCUUAUAAAGAGCUGGAAGGUGCUUUGCUAAGGCAGAACUACUUUGAACAAUGGCAUAUAUUUAGGGGAUGGAAGCAUGGAUGUAAGACUUGGAAAUUGGAUAAAAACAAGAGCAAUUUUUUCGAGUGUUUAGAGAAUCUGAAGAAAAUAAGAAAUGAUGAAACACUUCAACUGGCACAAAUCAAAAGUGAAGAAACGGCUGAGAUCAAGUCGAAAAAUUUGCAAGAACAUACCAUCAAAGUAGUGAAAUUCCAUAAGAACAUCGCUGAAGAUCUCACCACUGUUGAUCGUAAAAGGAAAGAGAGUCCAUUAGAUGAAGAUGUGGAACAAGAAUAUGAUGCGAAGACGACGUCAGCUGAGAACUUCAAGAAACGUUUAUUAGAUUUUGAUUAUGAUUCUGAUAGCUCUAUCGACGAAGCCGAAGAUUCAGAGGAUGAGACUUUCGAUCUUAGCAAAUUUACAUUUGAUGGGUGGGUUGAUAAAUGUGAUAAGAAAAGAUGGACUUUAAGCAGUGGCGAAAAAAUUAUUUUUGAUAUUUAUAUUUUAACCACUUAUAUACGUAUAUCCAGACUUGGUCUUUCAUCAAUAAUCGAUCUGUCAUCGGAGUUCGAUAAAGGAAUGUGUACAUGGGUUGGGGAAAAUUGGGAAGACCUGAAAAUGAAAGUUUCGAAGAAUAUAAAUUUCGAAGUAAAAAAAUUAGAAGGUGACACUUUAUCUGAUGUCAUUAAAAUGGAAAAGUUAUGUGCCUCAUACCAUUAUUGGGAAGCUCGCGCUUAUCUAUUAGAUAAAUUAAAAGAAAGGCCCAUUGAUGACAAACAUCGACAAGUUUUAAAAAUAUAUUAUCAUCUAAUCGAUAUGCUGUUAGAAAAUCCUUGUACUUUUGUUAACAAGGAAGGAGGAAAAAAGAAUUUGACAGAAAUCGAAUAUAUUAUGAAGGUUUCGGUUUCUAAUUUAAUUUUGCAUAUUCGUAGGGGUGAGACAGUUUCUAAAUCAACUUUAAAUCGAAAGAUAGAUUUGAGGGUAUUGACUGCCAAAGACGAUAUAGAGUUAUCACAUUCAGAAUUUGCACGUAAAGCAACACCAGUAAAAAUAAUCAAAGAUCGCAGUAAGUGUCUGAGAACUAAUAAGUGCAUAUUGGAUACUUAUCUUUUGCGUAAUCUUCCUGAGGAAGCUGUCGAAGAUUUCAUUUUUUAUGGAAUACAAUCAGCCGGUUUAGAAGGGCAACUCUUCGCUAUUGAUUUAGUUGAUGAUGGGUUGUACUUUAAUUUGGAUGGUCCAACGUAUAGAUUUCCUGCACAACUAUGCGACAUUAAUACGUUAAGAAAUACACUCGAAGUUUUAUAUUUUUUUAAGGAUAAUGCAAUCAACAAAGCCAAGUAUUUGUCUUGUGAUGACGGUAAUAGUAUUGCGAAAAUACUUCAUUCAAGAGCAAUAACCACAAAAUCUAAACAUCACAAGAUUAACUAUAUUAAGAAGACAUAUUUUACGCCAAAAAAAGCUAUAUCCACUAAAUUACCAACUUCCCUAAUAAAUGAGGCAUGGAUACGUCUCACAUUAUGGAAGCGUAAUCCAUUAUCUGAGAUAAAGGCUAGUGAAAUUAAUCCAAUUGUAGAGACAUUUUUAAAACAUGAAGCUAAUAGAUAUCAGAAAAGAUUAAUGUGUCAGAGAUGA